AUGGAUCCUACGUUCCGUCAAUCGGCCAUCGCAACAGAUAACUGUGACGACGAGAAUAGACCACCAACUGUCUUCGACGUGGAUUACUUUUGCACCGUGACGUCUCUGAUUCAGCAGGAGAAGGACGAGGAUCUAUUACGCCUAGCCAUGAAGAAGGAUCCUCCACUCAACUUCAUGGAGGACCCUGUGCUCAACGUCGUUAUCGCAUGCAAGAAGACCGACCUCGCCAAAAGGCUGAUUCAAAGCAUGCCCGCGGAGAAGCCCGGACCGCUGUGGUACGCUAAUUACCACGACAACACGGCUCUCCAUGUCGCGGCCACCGUGGGUGACCUCGACGUGGCCGAGGCGUUGCUCCGCAAGAACUCAGGUCUCGUCAGUGCACGGAAUAGGAAGAACGAGACACCGCUGCACAAAGCGGCGCUGUACGGGCACGAGACGAUGUUCCGGGACCUGGUGAAAAUGGGGUCGCACGACCCGUACGAGCGGAGGGAGGACGGCGCCACCGUGCUGUGUCAUCAUGGGCAGCGCGCCGGGUGA